CCGAACCGGAUGCUGGAUCUGGCUCGGCAGUUUCCUGACGGCGUCCUCACGAGCAACAACUGCGUCACCCGAGUCUCGCGCACGAGCGUCUAGACGCGUCGGACGUUGCAUCGCGACGCUAAGUGAUUAUUUCCUCGAAAUUGAAGUUUUCUCGGCCGACUCGAUCGAUUCCUAGAUUCAGCCUACCUAGAGCUUUCAACUCUCUCCACCCUGAAAAUACUCCAUACGUUCGAAGAUAAACUGGAACUUCCACCCAAUCAUUUUUCAUCAAGUAACCUACAGCAAAAUAUGGCAUUUUAGCAUCGUGAAUGUAAAAUGGAGUUAUGGAUGGCGAAAAUCGUAUCAUAUUGAACGUUGGCGGCAUUCGUUAUGAGACCUACAAAGCUACGUUGAAGAAGAUACCGGCCACCAGGUUAUCUAGAUUAACGGAGGCGCUGGCAAAUUACGAUCCAAUUCUGAACGAAUAUUUCUUCGACAGACACCCAGGGGUCUUCGCCCAGAUUUUGAAUUAUUAUAGGACAGGAAAAUUACAUUAUCCGACCAAUGUUUGUGGACCAUUGUUUGAAGAAGAGUUAGAAUUUUGGGGUUUGGAUUCGAAUCAAGUGGAACCUUGUUGUUGGAGUACUUACAGUGUUCAUAGAGACACACAGGCUACCUUGGCAAUUCUCGAUAAACUCGAUAUAGAUGCUGCCAAACCGAGUGAUGAGGAGAUCGCCCGUAUGUUCGGCUAUGAAGAGGCUUACCACGCAGGCACAAUGUCUUAUUGGCAGCGCCUCAAGCCCAAAAUCUGGGCCUUAUUCGACGAGCCUUAUUCGUCAAGCAACGCGAAGGUACCACCGACCAACGUGCAUCAUCGAAAUAUAGUAGCUGGAGCUUCAGUAUUUUUCAUAUGCGUUUCAGUACUCUCAUUUUGUGCCAAAACGCACGAAGGUCUCCGAAUUGAGUGCCAGCGAAAAAGAAAAACACAGGAUGAUGUACAUUGCACAGAACCUCAUCCCUUUUUCAACAUUAUAGAGCACAUUUGCAACGCCUGGUUCACAUUCGAACUAGCAAUUCGACUAAUCGUGGCACCAAAUAUAAUAGAAUUUAUCGAAUCCCCAGUCAAUUUGAUAGAUUUUGCAGCCACAAUGAUUUUCUACAUUGAUAUGGCAUACAAUUUCGAGACGAAAUCUGAACUACUAGACUUCAUCAGCAUCAUAAGAAUUCUAAGGUUGUUCAAACUAACGAGACAUUCCCCUGGACUGAAGAUACUCAUACAUACUUUUAAGGCUUCAGCGAAAGAGCUUGGACUUCUUGUGUUCUUCCUUGUACUUGGAAUUGUGGUGUUUGCUAGUCUGGUGUUUUAUGCCGAAAAAUUACAGCAUAACCCAACCAAUAACUUUAAGAGCAUACCAGAGGGCCUUUGGUGGGCUAUAGUUACAAUGACCACUGUUGGAUAUGGAGAUAUGGCUCCAAAAACUUAUGCAGGGAUGUUCGUUGGUGCUCUUUGUGCUCUUGCUGGAGUACUUACCAUCGCCUUACCUGUUCCAGUCAUAGUGUCGAAUUUCUCGAUGUUCUAUUCCCAUACUCAGGCGAGGUCCAAACUUCCGAAGCAGCGCAGGAGAGUUUUACCGGUAGAACAACCGAGGAGGAAAAAAGCGGAGAACAAUGUCAAUAGAAGGAUGAAUGCAAUAAAGCAUCCUCCUUUGGCCUUCAAAGAGAACACUGGGGCUAAUCGAAUGGGUUUUCAAGGUCCAUCAUUGCCGAGUAUUGCUGUUCUUCAUCACAAUGGACCGUAUAAUGCCCAUCCACAUCAGGAUACAGAAAAUGGAAUACUGGAGACCAUAAAUCCUCACCCCCUACAUCGACCAGCGGCUGUCCAAGAAGCUGUAGACACCCUUCCUCUCCAACCCAAGUAUCUCCCGUUAUACCAGAGGGAAUAUCGGUCAGAACCACGAGAACUCUCCCCAGUCACCCACUACCAAACGGCUAGCAUCCAAAGGAAGAGUCUGGACGUUUCCAAGUUCACCGAAGAUGGCAGCUUGGUACCUAGAAUGAGUCCAGACUGUAGAAUUCCCUCAAUACCUGCCAUGGCUAUUAGCAGCUCCACCGAAGUCCUGGUCAGCAUAAUAGAGAACCGCAGCAGGAAAAACUCCUAUAUUUCUGUCAAUUCCAAGAGCAGCAACAGACUGAAGUCCCCAGAUUGCGAAUUCAAAUCGCCAAGCACCGAGUUCACGAACUCGUCCAUUCGAUCAACUCCGGAAGAAAUCGAUGUUAAUUGUAUAUUCAACGGAAAAAAAGAAUCAAAGAAUUGUGAUACCAAAGUAGAUUGUGUAGAGAAUGAUCUUGAUAAUUCAGAGGUUUAACAUUUUUUCCUUCGAUGUAAUUUGUCCUACCUUUUUCUGUAAUUAAAUAUAUAUGUUUUAAGUGGU